UCAUCAUCAUCAUCCGAUCAUGAUCGAUCAAAUAGCCAUUCAAUACUAUCCUGUUUUUUGUGCGUGUAAUGAUGAUGUUGUCGAUGAUGAUGACAUGGUAUUUAAUCACCACUACCAUAUAAUUAAUCACGCCAUUUGUUAUUUUUUAAUUGUUGCUGAUGAUGAUGCUGUUCAAAUCAUUCGAUUUUUUUUCUCAUAUAAACAGAAUAUAUAUAUCAGCCUGAUGUAUUAUAAUCAACUAAUUUUACAAAUUGUGUUUUAAUCUAAAAAAAAACGUUAAAAUUGACGGGAAGUCAUCAAGUAUAUCAAGUAUAUAUAUUAUAUUUAAAUCUAAUCAGUUCAUAACCAGUACAUUUUUCGUUCGUUCAUUCGUUGUCGUGUGUGGCUUCAUUUAUAAAAAUAUUUCCUCGGUAUCUAUGGUUAUAUUCAUUCACAUUCAUUCAUUCAUUCAUCAUACAUAGAAGAAUUUAGACCACUAGAAUUUAUUUAUUUUUUUAUUUUUCUAUGUUUGUGAUCAACAAUGACAAUCGAUUCGAAUAAUAAAUUCUCUGCAAGUAAAAUGUUCAUCAUUUUCAUCGAUAUUAUCGUCACAUUGUAUACAUAUAUAACGUUACCGAUUUAUAUGUGGAUACAGAAUCCACGAAAAAUUAUUGAUGAAUCGAAAAAAAUUCGUGCUAAAAAAAUCGAUCCAACCGAUAUUGAUUCACCAUGGAUUGGUAUUCAUGAUGAUCCGGUAUUAAAAAAUACAAUAAUCGAUAAUUGUGAUACAUUGGUGGAUUUUAUACGUGAACAUAGCCAAUAUUUUCCCAAUGAAAAUCCGGCAAUUGGUUAUCGUCAUGUUCUUUAUGAAUAUUUUGAAAAUGAUCAAGAUGGACGUAGGAUAAAGAAACGUAAAUUAUCUGAUCAUUAUCAAUGGAUUAGUUAUGGACAAAUGUGGGAACGUGUCACACGUAUUGCCCAUGGUCUUCGUCUUUCCGGUAUUGAUCGUCGUGAACCAGUGGUUAUUCUAUGUGAAACUUGUGCUGAAUUUCUUAUGAUGCAAUUUGCAUUGGCACGUGCCGGUCUUAUUCAGGUGAAUGUUUAUGCAACAUUAGGUGAAUCUGGUAUUGCUCAUGCUAUUCGUGAGACUAAAGCACGAUACAUGUUCACAUCAUGGGAUCUAUUGCCUAAAGUUCGUUCGACAAUUGUUAAUUAUGAUUUAAAUAUUGAAAAAAUUAUCUAUCUCCGGCGUCGAGCACAAAAAGUUUCACAGGAAAUUCUUGAUAAUGAAAAAUGUUUUACUGAACCAAUUGGCCACUGUGAUUUGAUUCCAUUCGAUCGAAUCGAAUUGAUUGGACAAUGUUAUGCUGAUCGAAAUCAUUCGAAUGAACCAAAUGAAGAAUUAUGUCAACCACUUGAUAAAGAUGAAUUGUCAUUAAUCGUAUUUACAUCCGGUAGUACUGGAUUACCAAAAGGUGUUCAAUUAACAUCCAAACAAGUAAUCCAUAGUAUUCCAACGGCAUGGUCAGCUGUACCGGAAUUAGUGGCUGAUGGCACCAAUCAAGUGUUGGCCGGUUUCUUACCACAAGCACAUAUAUUCGAAGCUAUAGUUGAAUUAGCUUUUUUGGCAUUUGGUGGCCGUAUUGGUUUUGCCAGUCCAUUAACAUUGGUCGAUGGUGCACCCGGGCUCGCACCCGAUACUCAAUCUGAUCUGUCCAUUUUACGUCCAACAAUAAUGAUGGUUGCACCAUUAGUAUUGAAACGAGUUCAGGCACAAAUCUACAAAAAAUUGGAAGCACGAUCAUCAAUUCAUGUCCCAUUAUUCGAUUAUCUGAUCAAUUAUAAAUUACGUUGGACUCAUAAAGGUUAUAAUACACCGUUACUAAAUCGACUAGUGUGUUCCAAAAUAAGUGGACUAUUCGGCGGAAAUUUGGCCAAAGUGAUUGCAGGUGGUGCACCAUUAUCACCACGAUUACAGGCAUUUUGUCGAAUGGCCAUGAAUACGAACCUAGUACAAGGUUUUGGUAUGACGGAAACAUGUGGUCCAGUAUUGUGUAUGGAUCGUCAUGAUCUAUCAUAUGGCCGUAGUGGACCACCAUUGCUUAAUGUUUAUGCAAGAUUAGCUGAUUGGACCGAAGGUGGAUAUCGACGAACGGAUUCCCCAUGUCCACGUGGAGAAUUAUUAAUAGGAAGCAAAACUCAUUGGAAUGGUUACCUAAAUCUACCGAAAAAUACCGAUGAAGGAUAUUUGAAAGAUGAAAAAAAUGGUAUACAUUAUGUACGUACCGGUGAUAUUGUACAAAUACAUCCAGAUGGAACAUUAGAAAUAAUUGAUCGUAAAAAAGAUUUAGUCAAAUUAGCCAACGGUGAAUAUGUAUCAUUGGGAAAGAUUGAAUCAACAUUGAAGAAUUGCAACUACAUUGAUCAUAUCUGUGUUUUUGGCAAUGGAUUUGCCAAUCAUCUGGUCGGUUUAAUUGUACCUAAUAAGGAAAAAUUAAAUUCUCUUGCUGUGAAUGGAACAAAAUCGAUGAAUCGAUUAAAAGAAAUGAUCUGGAAAUUGAUGCAAGAAACUGGAUUAAAAUGUGGCCUUAAACUAGUGGAAAUACCAUUACAGAUUGAAAUUGUAUUGGAUGAAUGGACACCAGAUAAUGAAAUGUUAACGGCAGCAAUGAAAUUAAAACGUAAUGCAAUCAAAAAACGUUAUCAUAAUGUUAUUGCCGAUAUGUUUACAAUUAAUUCAAAUAAUGGUGAUUCACAUGGCAGAUGAUUCAAACAAAACAGAAAAAUUGAUUUCAUCACCAUUUAAACACACAAACAAUAUUCUAUCUGUUUAUUAUUAUC